AGCUUUUUUAAGAUUAUGAAAGGAUUUUAUGGGAAUAAACAGAAUAAAUGUUAGCUUUUGUGAUAGUCCACAACUAGAGGAGACAGAUAUAAGACCAGCAUGAAUCUAAUCAGGAGAAAGUUCUUUACCCAGACAGUAGAUUGUGGAACUUCUAUAAUCUGUAGCAUGGUUAAGCACAGAAGGAGGCCAUUCACCCUGUCUUAUCCAUGCUGGCUCUCCAAGAGCAACUCAGCUAGUCCCAGUCGCCUGCCUUUUUCUCCGUAGCCCUGCAAACGUUUUCUCUGCAGAUAAUUAUCCAAUACCCUUUUUUGAAAAUCACCAUUGAAUCUGCCUUCACUACACUCUCAAUCUGCCUUCACUACACUCUCAAUCAGUGCAUCCUAGAUCCUAACCACCUCUAUCAAACAAUUUCUUGACCUUCUCUUCUAAGAAGGACCCUAGCUUCUCCAAUCUAUCAUUGUAACCAAAGUCCCUCAUCCCUGGAACCAUUCCUGUAAAUUGUUUUUGCACCACCUCUAAGGCCUUCACAUCCGAUCUAAAGUGCGAUGCCCAUAAUUGGACCCAAUACUCCAUUUGAGGCUGCACAGGUGUUUUAUACAUGUUCACUACAACCUCCAUCCUUUUGUACUUUCUGCCUUAUAAAGCUCAGGAUCCCAUAUGCUGAUAUGGGAUGUUUGGGCUAAAUAGCAUAGGUGGAUUUAGGGGAAGCUGGAUGGCUAUAUGUGGAAGAAAAGAACAGAAGGAUAUGCUGAUAGGGUGAGACAGGAGGAACCUCAUGAUAAACAUAAACAGUACAUAUACCAGUUGGGCUGAUUAGCCUGUUUCUGUGCUGCAGCCUCUGACCUGUUCCUGUCCUGUUAGUUAUAUCAUUUGGUUUUGUUUUUAUAGAAUUUAGGUCAGAAUGUGUGCCUUUAAAAUGGGGACCAAAUUUAAUCUCUGUGCCCCAGUCCAAAUAUUCCACUUUUUCAUCAGAAAGACUACAGUUGGUCUUGACUCUGCAGGACCUUGGAAGGCUGAUGUAUAAAUUAAUCACUAGAGACAAUGCAGAUGGUCCUCUUGUAAAUCAAAACCAAAAAUGUCAUUCCAAAACUCUUCGAGUAAAAAAGAAGAAAAGGGCAAGAACAUACAAGUGGUUAUACGAUGCAGGCCUUUUAGUUUAGCAGAACGCAAGGCAAACUCCUCCAGUGUGGUUGACUGUGAUCCUGGAAAGAAAGAAGUCACUAUACGUGCUUCUGGACCAGGAAGUGAAAAGGCAGCCAAAAAGUAUAUGUUUGACAUGGUAUUCGGACCCUCUGCAAAGCAAAUAGAUGUGUACAAAAGUGUGGUGUACCCCAUCCUGGAUGAAGUAAUCAUGGGGUACAACUGUACCAUUUUUGCAUAUGGACAAACAGGUACUGGGAAAACCUUUACUAUGGAAGGUGAAAGAACUCAGAAGGAACAAUACACCUGGGAGGAAGAUCCUCUGGCUGGAGUUAUCCCACGUACGCUGCAUCAGAUUUUUGAGAGGCUGGCAUCGCAAGGUGCUGAGUUCUCAGUGAAAGUCUCUUUGUUGGAAAUUUAUAAUGAGGAACUCUUUGAUCUUUUGAGCCCCACUUCGGAUGUUAGUGAGAGGCUGCAGAUGUUUGAUGAUCCCCGCAAUAAGAGGGGAGUUAUAAUUAAAGGACUUGAAGAAAUUUCUGUCCAUAACAAAGAUGAAGUUUAUCAGAUUCUGGAGAGAGGAGCAGCAAGGAGGACAACUGCAGCGACUCUAAUGAAUGCUUACUCAAGUCGUUCCCAUUCAGUCUUUUCCAUUACAAUCCAUAUGAAGGAGACAACACUUGAUGGGGAGGAGCUUGUAAAGAUUGGCAAACUGAAUUUGGUGGAUCUUGCUGGAAGUGAGAAUAUUGGCCGAUCCGGAGCUGUUGAUAAAAGAGCUCGAGAAGCUGGCAACAUCAAUCAAUCACUGCUUACUUUGGGCAGAGUAAUCACAGCGCUGGUGGAGAGAGCCCCUCAUGUGCCAUACAGAGAAUCAAAGCUAACAAGGAUCCUCCAGGACUCUCUGGGAGGACGGACUAAAACCUCCAUCAUUGCCACCAUUUCCCCUGCUUCUGUGAAUUUUGAAGAAACUGUCAGCACUCUGGAUUAUGCCUACCGAGCAAAGAACAUUAUGAAUAAACCUGAAGUCAACCAGAAGCUCACAAAGAGGGCCUUGAUUAAGGAAUACACUGAAGAGAUUGAAAGACUGAAGCGGGAUCUUGCUGCAGCACGUGAGAAAAAUGGAGUGUACCUGUCGGCAGAAAACUAUGAAUUUAUGCAAAGUAAGGUGGUUGGUCAGGAAGAACUGAUUAGUGACUAUGUAGAAAAGAUUGCUGCUAUGGAGGAGGAACUGAAACAGGUCAAUGAUCUAUUUAUAGAAAGCAAGAAGGAGCUUGAACAUUGUGCCUCUGAACUGCAGCAGCGAGAACAAGCACUUCAGGAGACUCAGCAAGAUUUGGAGCUGACCAAAGGAAAAUUGUCUGAGGAAGAAUUUGUUUGUGAUGCCCAUGCUCACACUGAAGAAAAACUCUACAAUACAGCCAGUGAGUUGCUACAAACUGUUGAAGACAGUACAAAAGAUGUGUCUGGUCUCCACGCUAAACUUGACCGCAAAAAAAAGGUUGAAUUUCAUAACAGCAAAGCACAGGAUGGCUUUGUGAAGCAGAUGAAUGACCUGUUUACUGAAAUGCAGAGGAAAACUGAUGAAACACAUGCAAAGCAGCAGGAAAUGUUUGAUUCCUAUUCAAAGUCAAUUGGUAAUACCCUGAGUGCAAAUGCCUCUGCAUUUGGUUCUACCAUAUCUGCAGUGGCCACUUCUCUUGCAUCAGUCAAGGAAAUGGUUUCUUCCGAAGUGUCACAAAGUCUUCAGGAACUGCUUAAACAGGAAAGUCUGACUCAGCAAUCAAUGACCCAUGUGCAGAAGACCCUGGAGGAACAUAAAGUGGAAAUAGAAAAGGUGCUGAAGAAGAAUUUACAGCCCAUUGUUAUCUCCAUUGUGGAACUGAACAACUGUCAUAAACUGAACAUUCAGACUUAUUCUGGCAUAGCAGAGCAGAUGGAAGUCAUGAGAACAGAUUCUAGUGCCUUCUUUGGGCAACACAGCAAGAUGCUUCAUAAAAUACAAGAAACCACUUGCAAUGCCUUGGUCCUCAUUCAACAUGAGAAUGAAAAACUCCAGCAGGAACUACAAAAAUCACAGCAGCAGCAGAUGGAGGGUAUUUCAAAAGUCAUCUCAAAUCUACAGAGUCAGCUUGGUGUAUUAGCCCAGCAAACUCAGCAGAACUUUGAUAAUAUUCUAAAACAAAAUGGAAAUGUGCAACACUCGUUGACUAUACUUCAGGAUGAUGUGCAGCAACAAUCUGUGAACGCUAUGGAGGAUACUGCUUCCCACCAAGAGAAACUUACUACUACUUUAGACAGUUUGGCAAGCAAAAUCAGAAAAACAUUCAGUGAAGAGUUAAAGGCUGCAGAUAAGUCAAACAAUGAGUGCCAACAGCUCAGUUCUGGUAUGCUGGUACUUUGCCAGGAAAGCAGUCAAUGGUGUGAAUCAACAGCCGAUACUGUCAACUUGUUCAGUCAGGAUCAGCUGAGUUUCCUUAAUCGUAAGAAGAGGAGGUUAGAGAACUAUGAGCAGACUGCCAAUGAGAGUUGUGACAUUCUAGUCAGCAAGGUAACAGAGCAGCUGAAGGAGCAAUGUGAUACUGAGGAAUCAGCACUCUGCACCAUAUGUGAUCAGGUUCAUAAUGAUAAAGGAGAGAUGAUACAACGCAUAAAAGAGCUAACUGAUCAAGCCCAGACAGGACUAAGUAACGUCUUGAACUUCUUAAAUGAAGAACUCCAACAGGACUUCCCAACAGGUACUACUCCACAGCGCAAAGAAUAUUCGUAUCCACGAGUCCUCUUGAGAACAGAGUCACGUGAUGUCUUGGUUGAUCAGUACAAAGUACAACAGCAACAAUUCCAGAGUUCUCUGGAUACUGUCAUGUUCAUCCAAGAGGAACUGGUCCCUGAGCAGGAGUCUGUGGAAGAUGAGCAAGCAAGCAUCCAGAAUGACAGCAUUACCAGUGAGAAGUUUAGUACUGAAGAAAAUUUACACCUUAGUAGUGAUGGUGCCCCCUUCUUCAAGCACAAUAAGAGACACAAAAAGGACAAAGAAAACAGAACUGCUUUUGACAAAUUGAAGUCUGUGGAAGACAACCCAGUCCUGUCAGUAUCAAAAUCUAAGUUGCCUCUCAGAAUACAAAAUUAGUGAAUCUGUGAUUUGUAAUUUUAAUUACAUUUCUAUAUCAGGGUUUAUUCUGCUUUUAUGCAUAUUGCUGUCUAUAUUUUUGUUUCACUGCCUCAAAAUUCCAAUUAUCCAAAUAUUGUUACUUUCGAAGCAUUGCCUUUUUUCAACAUUGAAUCAUUUCAAAAAAAAUCCUUUCAAAUAAUGUUCCAUACUAUUUCUAAUAUUUUUAAUUAUUGUUUAAAAACUUUCUAUAUCCUGUCUUUACAAAAUAUGUAUAUCUUAAUGCUGGAUAAUCUAAAGCUCUUUAUAGGCUUAAUCUCACUGUAUCUGGUUGUAUAUAUUUCAAAAUAAAAUUUCAUAAUGAUUCAAAAA